AUGCAGAUCCUAGCUGGCGACGCAGCGAGGCUGUGGACCCCUUCAAAAGACCCUGAGUUGCCUGUCAAAUUUGAUUGGAGCCGCAAAGACCCUGAGGAGUGGCAUACUUUCCAGAAUAUCACUGUCGAUGCUCUGGCCCGCAAGGCGCAGAGAAGAGAGCGAAUAAGAGACCGACCGGUUUACCCGGAGGAUUGGUCGUUAUGUGGGCAAGACAUACUAAUUGAUUGGUUCUGCCGAAAAGGCACCGAGAUAUCUGAGUACGGUCUACGUCUGAUCUUCGAUCUUGCGUCAAAGGAUACGAGACGUCAACCUCUCCCCACCCUCCCCACCGGACUCCAACCGGCCAAAUUUUCCCGCUCCUUCGCCACCUGCCCAUUCCGCCAAGGCGACGUCGACUUCAUCGCGUACUUGUAUGCUCGACGGAGUGCUGGGCAGGUAGGCGCUGACGAUGGCGAUGGAGGUUUCGACAAAGGCCCAGAUGGCCGGGUAGGUGUUUACUCAGCUGCCGUCUGUGGGGAAGAUUCUGCUGACGGCGAUGACGCGGACGAUACUGGCUAUGCAGACGCUGAGGGGGUGCGGCGUCAAAGUGGUAGUCAUUGA